GUGUCUUGCGUCUGUUUCCAGAGCAACCGGCAGAGCAGCGUCAUAUAAACACCGUGUUACCCGUUAUUGGCGGCGGGCGUGACCACUCGGAUCCUGUGUGUGACCCGAGGAGACCCACAGCAACGGGUGUAUAUACUGAGGAGACCCUCACAGUACACAGCAGCGGGUGUAUAUACCCAAGAGACCCCCACAGUACACGGCCGCUGGGUGUAUAUACCGAGGAGAUCCUCACAGUACACAGCAGCGGGUGUAUAUACCCAGGAGACCCCCACAGUACACGGCAGCGGGUGUAUAUACUGAGGAGACCCCCACAGUACACAGCAGCGGGUGUAUAUACCCAGGAGACCCCCACAGUACACGGCAGCGGGUGUAUAUACCGAGGAGACCCCCACAGUACACGGCAGCGGGUGUAUAUACCGAGGAGACCCCCACAGUACACGGCAGCGGGUGUAUAUACCCAGGAGAGCUCCACAGUACACGGCAGCGGGUGUAUAUACCGAGGAGACCCCCACAGUACACGGCCGCUGGGUGUAUAUACUGAGGAGAUCCUCACAGUACACAGCAGCGGGUGUAUAUACCCAGGAGACCCCCACAGUACACGGCAGCGGGUGUAUAUACUGAGGAGACCCCCACAGUACACAGCAGCGGGUGUAUAUACCCAGGAGACCCCCACAGUACACGGCCGCUGGGUGUAUAUACCGAGGAGAUCCUCACAGUACACAGCAGCGGGUGUAUAUACCCAGGAGACCCCCACAGUACACGGCAGCGGGUGUAUAUACUGAGGAGACCCCCACAGUACACAGCAGCGGGUGUAUAUACCCAGGAGACCCCCACAGUACACGGCAGCGGGUGUAUAUACCGAGGAGACCCCCACAGUACACGGCAGCGGGUGUAUAUACCGAGGAGACCCCCACAGUACACGGCAGCGGGUGUAUAUACCCAGGAGAGCUCCACAGUACACGGCAGCGGGUGUAUAUACCGAGGAGACCCCCACAGUACACGGCCGCUGGGUGUAUAUACUGAGGAGACCCCCACAGUACACAGCAGCGGGUGUAUAUACCCAGGAGACCCCCACAGUACACGGCAGCGGGUGUAUAUACCGAGGAGACCCCCACAGUACACGGCAGCGGGUGUAUAUACCGAGGAGACCCCCACAGUACACGGCAGCGGGUGUAUAUACCGAGGAGACCCCCACAGUACACGGCAGCGGGUGUAUAUACAGAGGAGACCCCCACAGUACACGGCAGCGGGUGUAUAUACCCAGGAGACCUCCACAGUACACGGCAGCGGGUGUAUAUACCGAGGAGACCCCCACAGUACACGGCAGCGGGUGUAUAUACCGAGGAGACCCCCUCAGUACACGGCAGCGGGUGUAUAUACCCAGGAGACCCCCACAGUACACGACCGCUGGGUGUAUAUACCGUGGAGACCCCCACAGUACACAGCAGCGGGUGUAUAUACUGAGGAGACCCCCACAGUACACAGCAGCGGGUGUAUAUACUGAGGAGACCCCCACAGUACACAGCAGCGGGUGUAUAUACUGAGGAGACCCCCACAGUACACGGCAGCGGGUGUAUAUACUGAGGAGACCCCCCACAGUACACGGCAGCGGGUGUAUAUACCGAGGAGACCCCCACAGUACACGGCAGCGGGUGUAUAUACCCAGGAGACCCUCACAGUACACGGCAGCGGGUGUGUAUACUGAGGAGACCCCCACAGUACACGGCAGCGGGUGUGUAUACUGAGGAGACCCCCACAGUACACGGCAGCGGGUGUAUAUACCUAGGAGACCCUCACAGUACACGGCAGCGGGUGUAUAUACUGAGGAGACCCCCACAGUACACUGCAGCGGGUGUAUAUACCCAGAGACCCCCACAGUACACGGCAGCGGGUGUAUAUACUGAGGAGACCCCCACAGUACACUGCAGCGGGUGUGGAUACUGAGGAGAGUAUAGCGUGCAGUGAGAUUUACUAUGCAGCUGAAGCACAUGAAGAGUUUACUGACCCCACAGGAUGGGGCAGCGAAAGUGACCGCUAUGGCCUGGGCGCAGAACAAUGCCAAGUUUGCUGUCUGCACGGUGGACAGAGUGGUUCUUCUCUAUGAUGAACAUGGGGAAAGAAGAGACAAGUUCUCCACAAAGCCUGCUGAUGCCAAGUAUGGAAAAAAGAGUUACAUGGUUAAAGGAAUGGCCUUCUCCCCCGACUCAACCAAGAUCGCUAUCGGGCAAACGGACAAUAUUAUUUAUGUGUACAAGAUCGGUGAAGACUGGGGAGAUAAAAAAGUCAUCUGCAACAAAUUCAUUCAGUCUAGUGCCGUCACCUGUCUGCUGUGGCCCCUGGAGACCACCAUUGUGUUUGGCCUGGCGGAAGGGAAGGUCCGUCUGGCAAACACCAAAUCUAACAAGUCAUCCACCAUUUAUGGCACUGACUCAUACGUAGUUUCACUGACCUCUAAUGUCGCAGGGAAGGGCAUCCUCGCCGGCCACGCCGAUGGCUCCAUUGUGCGUUACUUCCUCGAUGAUGAAGGUUCCGGCGAGUCUCAGGGAAAGUUUGCCAGUCACCCAUGUCCGCCCUAUGCCUUGGCCUGGGCUUCUAACAGCGUUGUUGCUGGGGGCUGCGAUAAGAAGUUGGUGGCCUAUGGCAGAGAGGGACAAGUCAUCCAAACCUUCGACUAUAGCCGAGACCCGGGAGAGCGAGAGCUGAGUGCGGCGGCAGCUAGUCCCAGCGGACAGUCCGUGGUCAUUGGAAGCCACGACAGGCUUCGCGUGCUGAACUGGAGCCCCCGACGGGGAUUGUGGGAGGAAGCCCGACCGAAGGACAUUCCCAACCUGUACAGCAUCACCACCCUGGCCUGGAAAAGGGACGGCUCCCGGCUGUGUGCGGGGACGCUGUGCGGAGGAGUUGAACAGUUUGAUUGUUGUUUGCGACGAACAAUCUAUAAAAAUAAGUUUGAGAUGACGUACGUUGGACCCAGCCAGGUGAUAGUGAAAAACCUGUCAACGGGGACUCGUGUGGUUCUGAAGUCCCACUAUGGAUAUGAGGUGGAUGAAGUGAAAAUAAUGGGAAAUGAGCGUUUCCUGGUGGCACACACAUCGGACACAUUACUACUAGGAGAUCUGCAGAAUAACAGACUGAGCGAGGUGGCCUGGCAGGGGACUGGAGGGAAUGAAAAAUUCUUCUUUGAAAAUGAGAAUGUCUGCAUGAUCUUCAAUGCUGGUGAGCUGACGCUGGUGGAGUACGGCAGUAAUGAGAUACUGGGCACUGUCCGCACAGAGUUCAUGAACCCGCAUCUUGUCAGUGCCCGGAUCAAUGAGAGGAGACAACGUGGUGUAGAAGACAACAAAAAAGUAGCCUAUCUAAUUGAUAUGAAGACCAUAGCUAUAGUGGACCUGCUAUCCGGUUAUAAUGUGGGUACAGUCAUCCAUGACACCAAGAUUGACUGGCUAGAGCUGAAUGAGACUGGCCGUAAGCUGCUUUUCCGAGAUAAAAAACUUCGGCUGAAUCUGUUUGAUGUCUCGGACGGCCAUAAGACCACCAUACUGAGCUACUGCCCCUAUGUACAGUGGGUGCCCGGCAGUGAUGUGGUGGUGGCGCAGAACAGGAGUAAUCUCUGUGUCUGGUACAAUAUAGACGCGCCAGAGCGAGUAACCAUGUUCCCUGUGAAGGGCGACGUGGUGGAUCUGGAGAGAAGUGAGGGCAAGACUGAAGUGAUUGUCACUGAAGGAGUUAACACUGUGUCUUACACUCUGGAUGAAGGACUGAUAGAGUUUGGCACUGCCAUCGACGACGGCGACUAUUACAGGGCUGCAACCUUCUUGGAGACCUUGGACAUGUCCACAGAGACAGAAGCCAUGUGGAAGAGCCUUGGGAAGCUGUCUCUGGAGGCCAGGCAGCUUCAUGUAGCCGAGAGGUGUUUCUCAGCAGUUGGAGAUGUCAGUAAGGCCAGAUUCCUGCGGGAGACCAAUGAGAUUGCAGCUCAGGCAGCUGCUGAGUCUGGUGUGGACGGUACCCGCAGCUACAGAGUGCUAGCUCGCCUCGCCAUGCUGGAGAGCAACUACAAGCUGGCCGAGAUGAUUUACCUGGAACAGAACGCGGUGAUGGAGGCCAUACUGAUGUACCAGGAGUUACACAUGUGGGAUGAGUGCAUUGCUGUAGCAGAAGCCAAGGGUCACCCAGAGCUGGAAAACCUGAAGCGCAGCUACAUGCAGUACUUAGCAGACAGCCAGCAGGAGGAGAAGGCGGGCGAGGUGCGAGAACGCAAGGGCGACUUGGUGUCCGCAGUGAAUAUGUAUCUCCGUGCCGGGCUCCCAGCUAAAGCUGCCAGACUGUGUAUGAACCAGGAGCAGCUGCUGUCUGACUCCGACCUCACUGGAAGGGUCACUGUCGCCCUAAUAAAGGCCGAAUUCUACGAACGGGCUGGAGAUCUGCUGGAAAAGGAGAAGAAUAUGCGUCGGGCACUAGAAUGCUACUGCAGAGGCAAUGCCUACAGGAAAGCCGUGGAGCUGGCCCGGGCAGCGUUUCCUGCAGAGGUGGUGAAGCUGGAGGAGUCCUGGGGAGAUUACCUGGUGCAGCAGAAGCAGCUGGACGCUGCCAUCAAUCACUACAUAGAGGCUGGGUGUUCCGUUAAGGCCAUUGAUGCUGCAAUAGGGGCUCGUCAGUGGAAGAAAGCCAUUCACAUUCUGGAACUACAGGAACCCAAGACUGCAAGCCAGUACUACCUGAAGAUAGCCCAACAUUACUCCUCUGUGCAGGAGUACGAGAUUGCUGAGCAGCUCUACAUCAAGGCUGGCAGGAGCAAAGACGCGAUUGACAUGUACACGCAGUCUGGUCAUCUAGAGAACGCACACGCGCUGGCGGUAAGGUACAUGAACCCGGAGGAUGUGUCUGCUCUGUAUGUCACUCAGGCCAAGGAGCUGGAGAAAGUGGCUCGUUACAAGGAAGCUGAGAGAUUGUACAUCACGUUAGAGGAACCCGAUCUCGCCAUUGCAAUGUAUAAGAAGCACAAUCUGCAUGAGGACAUGAUCCGCCUGGUGGCCAAGUAUCACCCAGACCUCCUGGCUGACACCCACCUGCACCUGGGCAAGGAGCUGGAAGCUGGAGGACGUCUGCGCGAGGCUGAGUACCAUUACCUGAAGGGCAAGGACUGGAAAGGCGCAGUCAAUAUGUACAGAGCGGUGGACAUGUGGGAGGAAGCGUACAGGGUGUCUAAAACACAUGGCGGAGCCAAUGCUCACAAACAUGUCGCCUAUCUCUGGGCAAAGAGCCUUGGUGGGGAGGCAGCUGUGAAACUGCUCAUCAAAUUCAACCUGCUGGAGACCGCUAUAGAUCAUGCAGCUGAGAACUGUACAUUUGAUUUUGCAUUUGAACUGGCACGCCAGGCCAUGAAAGAGAAGCUUCCAGAGAUCCACCUGAAGUAUGCCAUGUUCCUGGAGGAUGAGGGAAAGUUUCCUGAAGCGGAGGCUGAGUUUGUUAAAGCUGGGAAGCCGAAGGAAGCUGUGCUCAUGUACGUCCAUAACCAGGACUGGGAUGCGGCACAGAGAGUGGCGGAGCUGCAUGACCCGGGCAGUGUGGGCGAUGUGCUGGAGGGCCAGGCGCGCUUUGCCUUUGAACAGAAGGAUUACCAGAAAGCGGAGGCGUUCUUACUGCGCGCUCAGAGACCUGAGGCCGCCGUCCGGCAUUACAAGGAAGCCGGCAUGUGGAGCGACGCCAUCCGCAUCUGCAAGGAGUAUGUUCCUGCCCUGCUGGAGCAGCUGCAGCAGGAGUAUGAGCGGGAGGUGGGGAAGAGAGGAACCAGAGGAGCAGAGGCACUGAUGGAGCAGGCCAGAGAGUGGGAACAGGCGGGGGAAUAUGGCCGUGCAGUGGAUUGCUACCUGAAGGUGAAGGAUCUGGACAACGUAGGAGUGAUGGAAAAGUGCUGGCUGAAGGCCGCCGAAUUAUCCAUCAAGUUCCUGGUUCCAAGCAGAAGUUUGGAAGUAAUUCAUGUGGUCGGCCCUAAGCUAGUGUCUGCUGGAAAACACAAUGCGGCAGCUGAGCUCUAUCUGAACCUGGACCUCGUCAAGGAAGCCAUCGAUGCCUUUAUAUAUGGGGAAGAGUGGAACAAAGCAAAGCGAGUGGCAAAGGAGCUGGAUGCCAGGUACGAGCAGUACGUGGAUGAGCGAUAUAAAGACUACUUGAAGAAUCAGGGAAAAGUUGAUUCUCUGGUUGGCGUUGAUGUUUUGGCUGCUCUGGAUAUGUACGCAGAUCGGGGGCAAUGGGAGAAGUGUCUGGACAUAGCGGCUCAGCAGAAUUAUAAAGUUCUCCAGAAAUACGUGGCACUGUUUGCUACUCACCUGAUAAAGGACGGAAGCUGGGAGAAGGCGUUGGACCUGUAUGUGCAGCAUGGAGCCCCCGCCAGUGCCCAGAAUUUCAACAUCUAUAAGCGGAUCUUUGUGGAAAUGGUGAAUGCAGAGGGAAUGAAUUGUGCCGAAGUCUACCAUACAUGGGCAAAGCUGAGGGACAUGCUGUAUGACCUGUGUGACAAUAUGGUGAAGGGCAGCGAGGUGAAUUCUCCGGCACACCACGAGUUUGAGCAGAUGAUGCUGAUUGCUCAUUAUUACUCCACGCGUUCUGCAGCGCAGGGUGUCCAGCAACUGGACGUCAUGGCGGUGAAGCUCUGCGUCGCCCUCCUGCGUCACACAGAUCUGCUGCCUGCGGACAAGGCUUUCUAUGAGGCUGGAAUGGCCGCUAAGGUAAUAGGCUGGGAAAACUCAGCGUUCAUCUUCCUGAACAGGUUUCUGGACCUCGUAGAUGCCAUUGAAGAGGGAAGUCUAGAUGCCCUGGAUCACACAGAUUUUCAAUACACAGACAUUCCCUUUGAGGUUCCACUCCCUGCCAAGCAGCAUGUCCCAGUGGAGAAGCGAGAGGAGGUCAGGGAGUGGGUAUUGGCAGUGUCCAUGGAUCAGCGAGUAGAUCAGGUCCUUCCCCUGGAUGAAAGAGGAACUUAUGAAGCAUCACUUAUAGCUGUCAGUAGUGGAAUCCAUUCUCUGCCCUGCCUGCUCACUGGUUAUCCAGUCCUCAGAAACAAGAUUGAUUUUAAGCAGCCUGGUAAAGCCACAAACAAAGAGGAUUGGAAUACAUUUCUAAUGGCUAUUAAGACUAGUCACAGCCCGGAGUGUCAGGAUGUGCUGAAGUUCAUCAGCCGCUGGUGCGGAGGGCUCCCGAACACCAGCUUCUCAUUCCAGAUGGAGUGGAUAAGCAUCCUGCUGGAAAAAGAUACUAAGAUACAUAAUUUUUUUGAAGUUUGGGAGAGCUAUAUAACGACCUUGUCGACAACGGUUAGGAAACCGCUCCAUGACUCCUUGUCCAAUACAGAAUGGUUUCUAACUAGAAUGGCUGCGGAAGAUCCGCCGAUUGUGCUUUAAAAUUGACUGACACUCGGGGCUUCGGGGGCGGAUGGGUGGGGAAAUAAGGUACGGCCAUGUUUUUUUUUUUUUUUUUUUCUUCUAAUGUAUAAGUCUGGGUCAAUCGACUGAGCUGGAUUUUGGAUCGGUGGAGCCGGUGGUCUCCGGGGACAUGUCUCAUGCAGAUGUGAUACUGUUGCUUGCUUAUAAUGGAUUUGUCUCUUGAUUAAGGACUCAACUGUAUUCUCCCUUGUUCUGUUUUUAUAUGUUA